GGGCAUUUAAAGUUGCAGUAGACGGCCGCACGCCGCUUUUUCUUACAUGUGUUCAGGUCUGAGUUUGCUUCUGUUUUCGGUGCUCGGUGUAAAUAGCGGAUUAAUUAGUAAUGAAUCGACCGCGUGUUGAAAUGACAUAAUGAUUUUUACACAGAGUUGUGUCGCUUUGAUUGACCCUCGCGCUCGGUCACGUGACUGCAGGUGUACUGACUGACUGAGCAUCACAGGUCAUCAUCCUCACAGUCAACAGUUAAAGUUACACUGUAGUAAAUAAAUAAAAGAUGAGCGGUAACCAGAAACCGAUGACGGAGAGCAGAAGAAAUCAAAGUCGAGCAGGACAGCGAAGAUCAGCAAACAGAAGAAACCCAAACACACGAAGAGGACAAACACACGAGAUGAGGAUGAGGAGGUGAAGAGAGAGACAGUCAUGGGGUCAAAAGACAAGAAAUCCAAAGAGGAGGGCAAGAAGAAGAAGAAGAAAGAAGAAUCAGAACAAGAUGAUGAUGAUGAUGAUGACGAUGACUCUAAAAAGAAGAAGAAGAAGAAGUCCAAAAAGGGAACGACAGACAGUGAUGAUGAGGGUAAGAAAGAUAAAGGCAAGAAAAAGAAGAAAUCCAAAACUGUGGAUUAUGUGGAAGUUUAUGAGAACGAGUUGAGAAACUAUGAGCCUGAUAAAGUGGAGAACUAUGAAGAUGAGUACCACAAGAAAAAAGUCUAUGAGGUGGUCACCAUCACAGGAGAUGUUAAUGGUGCAGGAACAGACGCUAAUGUCUUCAUUACUCUCUUUGGUGAUUAUGGCAUCACUCCCAAACUUCAUCUUGCCAGCAAAAAUCGAUCUGCGUUUGAAAGGAACAAAACCGACGUGUUUCGCAUUAAAACCCAUAAUGUUGGACCUUUGAAAAAAAUCAGAAUUGAACAUGAUAACACGGGUCUGAACGCCAGCUGGUUUCUGGAUCGGGUCGUGAUCACAGACAUGAAUCGGCCACAUUUACGCUUCUACUUUGCCUGUAAUAACUGGUUGAGCAGGAAUGAAGGUGAUGGUCUGUUUGUUCGUGACCUGCUGGGUUCACUGGAUCCCAUGGACAUGCCCAAAUAUAAUAAAUAUAUAGUGAGCGUUUUCACAUCUGAUGUUAAAGGCAGCGGAACAGAUGCAGACGUCUUCAUCAAUAUUUUUGGUGAAAAUGGUGAUACAGGAGAAAGAAGGCUGGACAACGAUAAGGACAACUUUGAGAGAGGAACAGAAGACAAGUUCACCAUCGAGGCUCCUAAUCUGGGAAGGGUGAGGAAAAUAACCAUCGGUCACAACAACAAAGGCUCUUCUGCUGGUUGGUUUGUAGAAAAGGUAAUAGUCGAUGAUUUGGGCAACAAGACCGUUUAUGACUUUCCCAUCAACCGCUGGCUUGCCAUCGAUGAAGAUGAUGGGAAAAUUCAGAGAGAUGUUCUCGUUGGAGGGACUCAACCCACUGGUAUUGUGUAUAACGUUCAGGUGGUGACUGGAAACAUCAGAGGUGCAGGAACCAACUCCAAAAUCCACAUGAUCAUGCACGGAUCCAAAGGGUUGAAGAACAGCGGGAAGAUCUUUCUGGAAGGAGGAAAGUUUGAGAGAGCGCUCACAGAUAUCUUCAACGUGGAGAUCGCGGCUCUGCUCAGUCCUCUCAGUCGGGUCACUAUUGGUCACGAUCAUGGAGGUGUCAGUUCAGGCUGGUACUGUGAGAAGGUGGUGGUUUAUUGUCCUUUCACUGGAAUCGAGCAGACGUUUCCCUGCUCCAAAUGGCUGGAUGAGGAUGAAGGUGACGGAUUAAUCGAGAGAGAGUUAUAUGAGAUGGUCUCACUGAGACAGAGGAGACAAAAGAAACAUCCGUGGUCUCUCUGGAUAUGGACGUCGGAUCUGUCCGGAGCGGGAACAGAUGCUUCCAUUUUACUGCAGAUCUAUGGAGAAAAGGGCAAGUCGGACGAGAUCAAACUGGACAAUAAAACCGAUAACUUUGAGCAGGGUCAGCUGGAUAAAUUCAUGAUUGAAUUGCCAGAUCUCGGGAAGCUGACCAAACUGAGGAUUUGGCACGAGAAGAGAAAUCCCUUCGCUGGCUGGCAUUUAAGUCGGAUAUCAAUGAUGAAAACAUUACUAAAAGAAACCUAUAAAUUUCCCUGCGAGCGCUGGCUGGACACAAAUGAAGAUGAUAAUGAAGUUGUGCGAGAGCUCCCGGCCACAGGAGACCUCGUCUCUGAACCUCUGUCAGUCAUAAAGUAUCGGGUCACAGUCUACACAGGGACCAUUAGCGGCAGUGGAACAGACGCCUCAGUUUUUCUUUGCCUGAUUGGUGACAUCGGAGACACGGGCGACCGCACCUUAGUCAACUGCAAGAACAACGUUAACAAGUUUGAGAAAGGCAAUGCGGAUGAGUUCAUCAUUGAGGCCGUGUCUAUCGGUAGGGUACGCAGGGUACGGAUCGGUCACAACGGACGAGGUGGAGGUUGUGGUUGGUUCCUGGAUAAAGUCUCCAUCAGAGAGGAGGGGCAGGCGGAGUCCCAGGCUGUUGAAUUCCCAUGUAACAGAUGGUUGGACCGCAAUGAAGACGAUGGACAGAUUGUUCGUGAGUUGGUGCCAUUCGCAGACGGCCAAAGACUAUACAACGUCAGCUAUCACGUCGCAGUAAAGACGGGGAACGUCAGUGGAGGAAGUUCAGACUCGAAAGUCUUCGUAAAGUUUUACGGUGAGAAAGGAGACACCAGCAAAAUGAUGCUGGCCGUUUCAGACAACAACCUGCGUAACUACUUUGAGACGGGACGUGUGGAUAUUUUCACCGUCAACACCUUUGAUAUCGGCCAGAUCAGUCGCCUGAUGAUAGGUCACAACAAUGAAGGGAUGCGUGCCGGCUGGUUUCUGGACAGCGUUCAGAUUAUGGUGCCCAAUCACGGUAAACAUUACAUGUUCCCCAGUCACCGCUGGCUGUCCAAAGACGAAGCUGAUGGGAAAACUGAAGUGGACAUCUAUCCAAGUGAAAUCCUGGAUGUUGAAGAAUUAAUAAACUAUGAGAUUACGGUUAUGACGGGAGACGUCUGGGCUGGUGGCACAAAUGCCAAUGUUUUUAUCCAAAUAUAUGGAGAUCAAGGAAAGACUGAAGUUCUCAAUCUGAGCAGCAGGUCAAACAACUUUGAAAGAGGUACAACAGAGAUUUUCAAGGUUGAAGCUAAAGACGUGGGGAAGAUCUUUAAGAUUCGUAUGUGUAAUGAUGGCACGGGCAUCGGUUCUGGCUGGUACCUGGACCGAGUGGAGAUAAAGCGUCUGGUCAUGGCCAUGGUUCCCAAAGAGAAGGAAGAAAAAAAGAAGAAGAAGAAAAAGAAAAAAGAGGAAGAUGAGGGUGGUGAGGAAGAGAUGCGUGAGGUGGUUUUAACAUACGUCUUCCCCUGUGAUCGCUGGCUGGCUUCUGAUGAGGAGGACACAGAGAUGGUGGUGGAACUUCUGCCCGAGGACAACGAUGAGCUGGAGGAAAACACGUAUGAAGUGACCGUCUUCACGGGAAACAUGUUAGGGGCUGGAACAGACGCCAAUGUCUUCAUUAAUAUCUACGGUGAGAACGGAGACACAGGGGAACGACCUCUGAAAAAGUCCAAUCAUCUCAACAAAUUUGAGCGUGGACAGGAGGACGUCUUCACCAUCACAGCUGUGGAACUGGGACCUCUGAAGAAACUGAGAAUUCGUCAUGACAACAGCCAUCAGUCGGCCUGGUACCUGGACCGGGUGGAAAUCGUGGACACUAAGGAUGACACAACGUAUUACUUUCCCUGUAAUCGCUGGCUAGCAGUUGAUGAAGAUGAUGGUCAGAUAGCUCGAGAGCUGGUUCCUGUGGACGAAGCCUUCAUGAGGAAGGAUGAGGAUGAUGAAGAGUCAGGUGCCACCCUGGGCCUGGAGCAGAAAGCCAUGUCAACAACAUACACUCUGAGGAUCAAGACGGGAGAAAAGAAGCACGCCGGAACAGACGCCAACAUCUUUGCCAUUUUGUACGGAGAGAACGACGACACAGGAAUCAUCAACCUCAAAGCCUCGAAAUCCCACAAGAACAAGUUUGAGAAGGGAAUGAUCGAUGAGUUUACGGUGGAGGCCGUGGAUCUAGGAGAACUUCAGAAACUGAGAAUCGGCCAUGAUAACUCAGGUGGAUCAGCCGGUUGGUUUCUGGACUGGGUGGAAAUUGAUGCUCCGUCACAAGGACAGAGGCUUCGCUUCCCGUGCGGCCGCUGGCUCGACUCCGGAGAAGAUGACGGCGCGAUCGUCCGAGAUCUUUAUCCUGCAGACCUGCAGACAGAACUUUAUACUCCAUUUGUUCCUUACGAAAUAACCACGUUCACGAGUGACGUGUUCGCGGCGGGGACGGACGCCGAUGUGUUCAUCGUUCUGUAUGGUCAGAAGGGUCUGUGCACUCAGCAGAAGUAUCUGUGCGUUAACAAGAGAGAGCGCCGCAUGUACUUUGAAAGAGGAGCUGAGGACAUGUUCAUAGUGGAGCUGGAAGACGUGGGAGACGUCUUGGAGAAGAUUCGGAUUGGACACGAUAACAAAGGGACGAACCCCGGCUGGCAUCUAGACAGAGUGGAAAUAAGAAGACUUUUAAGAAAAGGAAAGGGCUCAGAGACGACCAUCUUUCCCUGUGAGCGUUGGCUGGCGAGGGAUGAGGAUGAUGGUGAGACGGUUCGAGAGCUGGUACCCUCUGACAUCAUCACAGAGAAACUCCUCAGAGAUGGAACGCUGAAGCACAGCGAGAUUGAGGUUGAAGACGCUCUUGAGACUCACACAUAUAAUGUGUCUGUCAGGACGGGUGACAUGUAUGGAGCAGGAACAGAUGCCAAUGUCUUUCUAACCAUUUAUGGAGACCUGGGAGACACUGGAGAACGCAAACUCAGAAAAUCUGAGAGCAGCAGCAACAAGUUUGAGAGAGGCGCAGUUGAUAAAUUCAACAUCGAGGCUGUGGACCUCGGUCAGAUCUUUAAGAUCAGAAUUCGACACGAUCACUCAAUGGCAGGAGCUGACUGGUACCUGGAUCAGGUGGAGGUGGUGGACGUGGAGACGGAGGAGGUUUAUAUGUUCCUGUGUGAACGGUGGCUCUCCAAAAAGAAAGAGGACAAGCGGAUCGAGAGAACGUUCUUUGUCAAGGGAUAUGAGGGUGAAAGAAACCCGAAUAAUGUGAAGAAGAACACGUUGAACUCUAAAGCAGAUCUGGACGGAAAUAUGAACAAGAAAAAGAAAAAGAAGAAGGCUGUGAUGGUGGAAGAGGGACCGAUGAUACCGUACCACUUCACAGUGUCGACAGGAGACGAUCACGAUGCCAGCACCUCCAGUCGAGUCUAUAUUAUCAUAAUGGGACCCAAUGAGCUGGAAACGGAUCGAAUGUGGCUGGAUCUGCCCGAGGGGAAGAGAUGUUUCGCAGCAGGCGGGAUGGAGCAUUUCCUCUCUUAUGGAUUAGAUGUGGGUGAAAUUAAAAGGAUUGAGUUGGGUCAUAAUGGAGCGACUCCAGAGAGCUGCUGGUUAGUUAAUGAGCUUUCUGUGGCCGUUCCCACUAAAGGCAUUCAGUACAACUUCACCUGUAAGUGCUGGCUCGCCAAAGACCGAGGAGACGGACUCACGGCAAGAGUCUUUAACAUCCUGGACGCCACAACCAUCAGCAUUAUACGAAAGGUGGUUUAUGAAGUGACGGUAGUGACAGGUGACAUCCAGAACGCAGGUACAGACACAAACAUUUUUAUAACUGUGUUUGGAGCCAAUGGGGGGACUGAGGAGAUGCUUCUCUCCAAAAAUGAGGACAGGUUUGAACGAGGACAAGAGGACACAUUUAAUCUGGAGAUCGAUGACAUCGCUCCCCUAAAGAAACUGCGCGUUCGCAUUGAUGGAACAGGAAGUCGUCCUGAUUGGUUCCUUGACAAGAUGAUCAUGAGGAACCUGAGCACAGAGGAGGUCUACAUGUUUACUUAUGGGGAGUGGCUCUCCAAAACAAAAGGACCCAAGAGGACAAAAGUCUGUGAGCUUCCCGCUGUUGUGGAUGAUGAGGAGAUGGUGGAGAAAACCACUUACAUCAUUCAGGUCAAAACCAGUGACGUUAAUGGCGCUGGGACAGAUGCUAAUGUGUUUCUGAUCGUGUUUGGGGAAAACGGAGACACAGGAACUCUGGCAUUAAAGGAGAGCGGUAACAGAAACAAAUUUGAGCGCAAACAGGUGGAUAUUUUCCGCUUUCUGGACAUUCUCAGUCUGGGCGAGCUGUCAAAGGUUCGAGUCUGGCAUGACAACACAGGUCCUGCUCCCGGAUGGCACCUUGAAUAUAUUGAUGUAAAAGAUGAACUGCUGGGUGAAACUUUCCGCUUCCCAUGUGACCGAUGGUUGGCCAAAAAUGAGGAUGAUGGUCAGAUCAUGAGAGAACUGGCAUGUGCCAACAAUGACAAUCUAGAUCUCAGUGACAAGAUUAAAUACGAAAUCGAAAUCACGACAGCCAACUCUGAAGAUGCAGAGACCAAAGAAAACGCCUGGAUCGUGCUGGAGGGGAGAAAAGGCCGUUCGAAAGAGUUCAUGAUGGAAAACCCAAAGAAGAAGAAAUUUUUGCGUGGUGCCACAGAUUCAUUCGAGUUUUCCUCAAAAAAUCUGGGAGACAUUGUUGGUAUUUGUUUGGGUCACAUUUCAAAAGAGAAAAAAGUGAAGAGUAAAUCCUUCUGGCAUGUGCACGAGGUGAUAAUAACAGACAAAGAACUGGGAAACAAAUAUUAUUUUACCUGUGACGCUCAGAUACCUCUGGCAGCAAAGAAAGACGAUUUCAUGACUUUUGAGUGCACCAAAACUGUGGAGAGUUUCGCUAGCAAAGUCCGCAGUUUAGUUCCUGUGAAGUACGAAAUAAUCGUCAUCACUGGAGACAUUAAAGGGGCGGCGACCGACGCCAACGUCUUCAUCACCAUCUUCGGCGUCAACGGCGACUCUGGGAAACGAGCGCUGAAACAAAAGUACAGAAACCUUUUUGAAAGAGGAUCCACGGACCGCUUCUUACUGGAGAUGCUGGAUUUAGGUGAACUGUUGAGGGUUAAAGUGGAGCACGACAACACCAGUUCAUCUUCUGGCUGGUUUCUGGAGUGUGUGGAGAUCACAAACACUGCCAACUGGGUGACGACCAUCUUUGUUUGUGGAAAGUGGUUGGACAAAAACAAAGCCGAUGGACAGAUCCACAGAGUGCUGUAUCCCAAAUAUUGAAUGUGCUGGAGCUUUGAACAAAUAAUAAUAAAAAACACGUAUUUGUACUUUUUUUAAAGAAAUUUUAAUAAACCUCCUUUGUGAUGACAA